GUGGUAGCAAGCGAAGUGAAAGAGGAAACCAGAAUUGUACCGCGUAAAGUCACAAAACGGCGGAAAAGAAAAAACCCAACCCAAGUUCGGAAAGCGUCCACUGAGGUUGCGUUGCCCGUAGGUUCGAGACAUGGACGAGUCAAUGGCUGCCAAGCUGAUCAGAGGGAAGAGGCCGGAACUGAAGACGUGGAUUGGCAGGGACCCCACGUACCUGCUCGACUACUUGGAGAGCAGGGGUUUGAUCUCUCGUGAGAAAUACAACGAGGCCAAAGACAUCAACGGGAAAGUGGAGCGUGCCAACUUUUUGAUCAACGAGCUCAUCGACAGGGACGAGUGCCUCAAGCUCUGGAGGGCUCUCGAAAGCCUACAGGACCCCUACCCCCAGCUGAAGGAGUGGAUCUCAGCCUGUGUGUCGACUACACAUCACGCUUGUGAAAAAUACAGCACCACUCCUGCUGGCGAGGUGGCGACGAAGGAGAAGGCCUUCAGUAGACUGACCGCAUGCUCGGACGAGCAACUGUUCGAUGGCAUACAGAAAAAUAUAAGGGCGCUGGUCGAGGCUAUCCAGGGAGAUGUGCAGCCGCUGUUGAUAAAUCUGUUCGAGAAAGAGAUCUUCACACUUGCCGAGAUGAAUGCUGUCUCGACCGCUCAAAAAAAUAAUGGUGGCUCUGAAGCUGCAUCUCAACUGAUAACGAUGCUGCUCCAUAAGGGUGACAGUGUGGCCAGAGAAUUCUGGAUGGCCCUCUCGAAUUUGAAGACAAACUAUCCGCGGAUGCACAAGAUCUUUGAGAAUGGAAUCUGAUCAUCGAGCCCGCUGCUUGAUGUCUGCAAGACGCCUCUCGGGGAUGUUGCGGCUCAAAUUUUAUAAACAACUAAAUUUUUGUUGUUGCUGUUAUUUGUUUUGCUGGGUGUAAGCCCACACAAUGAUAGAAGCUCUGUGUCUCUAUGGGUCUCUGUGGGUCUCUAUGUGUCUCUAUGGGUCUAUACAGAAAUAAGAAAUUAAGGAGAAACAUUAUCUUUACACUCACAAGAACAGAGCUGCUUAAUGUUAAACUUAAAGCUGAGGUCACCCCACCCUUUACCCGAGUGGCUAACGCCUGAGCACGAUCUCUGACGAGUCUUCGGAUGCUUUCAGAUGAGGUCAUGCAGAGUGUUACACCUCCCACCAAACUGCUCAAGUGUCCAUGAGGGUUUCAAGGGGCCAGCAAACCCUUGAACCCCCUACCUCUCAAUUGCUACAGGAAAACAAAGCCAAGACAAUCUCCUAACUUCGCCAACACACACACACACGCUGUAGGGACUGAGUCUUUGAGCUGCAGUGAAAUGAUGAUUAUGCCGAUUAUAUGUACAGGGACUCCUCUACUAACAAAAAUUUAAGUUACGAACUUUCAGAGAUACGAACAAACCUGUCCGUAUGUCCAGUUGCCUGUUCGGACCGAGGGUCGUAAGGUAAACUGCCGCGCACUAAAUGGCGUUGGUGAUAUCUAAUUCUGUAGAACAUGAAGAACCAUUGGCAUCAUGAUCUACAGCAUAUUAUACAACUUUUAAAGCCAUUCCCCAUGUUUAGUGUAGAUGCCGUACAACAUGUUUGGAUUCGACAGGAUUCAAGUUGGGACUUACGAACAAAUCGACUUACGGACAGACAACAGCAGUGCUCUGAUUGGACAAAAAUUGCCGCGCUCCAUCCCGUGGGUGCAUAUAUACACAGUAGAACUCUUCUUAACAAGCACCCCUGUUAACGACUAAUCACUUAACGAUAGGCAUCUAUAGAGCCCAAUGUGUUCGCUUACCGACCAUUCCCCUGUUAACGACUGGCUAUUGUAGAUACAGGGAAGAUUAAUUGAUGCAUUGAUUAACCACAUUUCUUUUAAUGUUACGUGUUUAUAAUGUCAGUAUCUUUAAGCAUUAAUAUCCGGUUUUUUUUAUUACAAAGUACGUUUUUUGGGUGAAAAAGGGUAACUUUCGAUGCUGUUGGAACGAAUUAAGCCUUCAACGUGUCUUUCCUAUACUCGCUUAAUGACCAAAUCAAUUAACGCCCGGUUUUGUGGAACAAACUACCAUCGUCAAGGGGUUCCACUGUAUAACGUCAAACUGCAUGCCUAUAAUAGAGGUUUAUUUGGGGUUAGUUUUCCGCCAUCUAACCCCAAAAUAAAAACCAUCAUAGGGAAUAUUGGUCGUGUAAGCGCCUACCUACUACUACGGAUAAAACACACGGACUGUUUGUCAAAAUUUCGAUUUAAAGCUUUCGUGACUGCAGGGAUUCAUCUUCUUGGUUCUUUCGGUAAAGUCACGUAGAAGGGAAGUAAUAAAAUAAUAAAAAUAAAACAUAAUAAAAUCAAAUAAUUCUCACAGUGAGAAUUAUUAGAUUUUAUUAUGUUUUAUUUUUUUAUUACUUCCCUUCUACGUGACUUUACCGAAAGAACCAAGAAGAUGUUUGUCAAAAUGUUAACGGGUUUAGUCGGAAACGCACAGGGGGCGAGGGUGGUUCGGGUGUGGGGGAGGUUCCUAUGUGGAGGACAGAACGUUAACGUAGAAGAGAAACAACUCCCAGCUCUUGGCCAAGACCGCCAUUGUGCCACUGUACUGUACGUUUUUACGUUGCAUUUUAUUUUUUUGUUGUCAAUGCAUUGUUCCAACGUGGAAUUUUUAAAAUUAUGAAUGUUUUUAAAUAUAAUUAAGUACAAUUAAAAUAGUUAUGGGUGUUGUUCAUGAAUAAUUAUAAUCGAUUGAAAUUAAUGAUUACAUUUGUAUUAAUUUGAUCGUAACGAAUAAUUAUGCACACAGAAUAGUUAUCAGGAGCGAUUUUGCGUGAGAUUAUCGUAAAGUAAUAGUUUUUACACGGUUUUAUGAAUUAAAGAUCGAUUCGUAGAUUAAAUUUAAACAAUGAACAGAUGCUCGCAUUAACCACAAGUUAUCAUUAUUUAAUUAAACUAAAACAAUUAAAAGA